AUGCGGAAAGCCACGCCGGCCGUGUGUUUCAGGCCUCUUAUCCACAUAAUCAUAAUCCAAACAACUCGGCUGGAGUGUCAGGGCAAGCGGCAGAUAGCUGAGAGCGCUGCCAUCAAUCACGGACAUUCUGAUCAGCUCCCAGUGUCAGUGGUUCUUCCUGUGCUUCCCGCCGCCACCGCCGCGCAACCAUGUCAAGAGAAGCCCAAGGAGGGGGUGAAAACAGAGAAUGACCACAUCAACCUGAAAGUGGCGGGACAGGAUGGCUCAGUGGUACAGUUCAAGAUCAAGAGGCACACACCACUGAGCAAGCUGAUGAAGGCGUACUGCGAGAGGCAGGGCUUGUCAAUGAGGCAGAUUCGAUUCCGGUUUGAUGGACAACCAAUCCAUGAAACAGACACCCCAGCCCAGCUGGAGAUGGAGGAGGAGGACACCAUUGACGUAUUCCAGCAGCAGACAGGAGGAACAGCUUCCCGAGGGACUGUCCUCACACCCGAUCAUUGUCUUGACAUCUGCUAUUGAAUGGUGACCAUG